AACCCAACGGCUGUCAGCGGAGAUUUGAAAGAUGGCCCUGAAUGACAGCGUGGGCAUUUUGAGUUCGGCAUCUUUGGCUGUGGAGUACAUGGACUCACUUAUACCUGAGAAUCCGCUACAAGAACCCUUUAAAAAUGCUUGGAACUCUAUGUUGAACAACUACACAAAAUUCCAGAUUGCAACAUGGGGAUCCCUCAUUGUUCAUGAGGCCCUUUAUUUCCUCUUCUCUUUACCUGGAUUUUUGUUUCAGUUUAUACCUUUCAUGAAGAAGUAUAAAAUUCAGAAGGAUAAAACGGAAUCAUUGGAAGGCCAGUGGAAGUGUUUCAAAGUGCUUCUCUUUAAUCACUUCUGUAUUCAGCUUCCUUUGAUUUGUGGAACUUACCACUUCACCGAGUAUUUCAGUAUUCCUUACGAUUGGGAAAGGAUGCCAAGAUGGUAUUCACUCUUGGCCCGGUGUCUUGGCUGUGCAGUGAUCGAGGACACCUGGCACUAUUUCCUGCACCGGCUCUUACACCACAAGAGAAUUUAUAAAUACAUUCACAAAGUCCAUCAUGAGUUCCAAGCUCCGUUUGGAAUGGAAGCGGAAUACGCACACCCUCUGGAAACGCUCAUUCUCGGGACAGGCUUUUUCAUCGGGAUCGUGCUUUUAUGUGAUCAUGUCAUUUUGCUUUGGGCGUGGGUGACUCUUCGUUUGCUAGAAACCAUUGAUGUCCACAGUGGUUAUGAUAUUCCCCUCAACCCGUUACAUCUCAUCCCUUUCUAUGCCGGUGCCCGGCAUCAUGAUUUUCACCACAUGAACUUCAUUGGAAACUAUGCUUCAACGUUUACCUGGUGGGAUCGACUUUUCGGGACCGACUCUCAGUAUCUUGCCUACUACGAAAAGGUGAAGAAGUCGGAGAAAAAAACAGAAUGAUAUCUCAGAGGCGAAACCAACCUGGACACACACCUUUUCCUGACUCAGCACUAGUAGCGAGGUUGCUUCUGGGGACCAGAAAUAAAAUGUCUUGGCUGCUAAGUGAUAAAAAGAAAUUAACCCUUUUAUUCUCUUCAAGUGGGAACUUUUUCUCCUUUACACACAAAUCCUGUAUGUGUAGAAAGAAGGAAAUAUUUAUUAAGUCUGACUUUUUCAUAAAGAAUUUUUGUAAAGAUCAUGUUUCUAACCUUACAGAGAGGUUUUAAGUAAUGGAAGAAGUAUUAAUCUAUGACUUUGCUCCAGUGAUAAAAAUACCUUAAGCCUAGAGUUGAAGUGGAUUUUUAUGUCUUUUAAGUACAGAUUGGUCACAAAUUCUUAAAAAUCGUGGUGACUUCGUACUGAGCUUUAAGUGUUUUUUUAGAAUCUGCGUAAAGAUAAAGUAUCAGUAUCAGCUGAUCUGGAGAGGGAAUCAGGAAUAGCCAAUGGCCAGAACUCCACUCUUGCUUCGAACUGACCAAUGUGAGUGGUUUCCUUUCUUUGAGAAGCCCUUAUUUUCACUGUAGUGGCACCUAUGAGUUAAUGCAUUCUGAAUUAGUGUACGUGAUGUGUUUUAGUCUCGAGGUUUUCAGGUAAUUAGAAUUUUUUUUU